GGUUGGCAGUUCGAUUCCUAUCCAUCUCCAUUUUCUUUUACUUCUAUUUUCGUUUCGUCUUCGUCUUCUUCAGCAGAAAACCCUAACCCUUGAUUUUGCAGAAAACCUCUUCUACAAUUUUCGUUCAUUCAUUCUAUGGAUCUAGAUCCACCGUCUUCAAGUCCGAGAAAGGUUAAAUUUGCUCCUAAAGGACCUCCUCGCAAACCAGCUAGACAGAUCGAACCGAAGAUAGAAGAAGUUGAUGACGGAAGUGAUAGCCGCGAAGAUAAAGCUCUCCUACGCCGGGUGAACGAGCACUUGACAAGACGGCGACCCAGAGCCGAAAAGAAGUCUUCAGUGCAAGUUGCAUUUUCACAUGGAGUUGCAUCAAAUUCCAUAAGGUCUUUUGGCAAGCAGAGGGAAAGGAAGGAUGAUCAAGGCAAUGUUACAGGAUUGAGAGAUUUGGCUUCUGAUGGCACGGAGAUCCCAAACAAUAUGCAGCUGACGGAUGCAGAAAUUUGUGAAGAUUUUACAGAUUCGACCAGCAGUUCAAUUUCGAAGAAAAAAGGAGAAUACAGAGAGCCUUGGGAUUACGAUCAUAGUUAUUAUCCCAUUACUCUUCCUUUGAGGCGGCCUUAUUCAGGAGAUCCAGAAAUUCAUGAUGAAGCAGAAUUUGGAAAAGCUGCAGCAAAAUUGGAGUAUGAUGAGAAUGCUACUACUUCUGCUUCAGAUCUUGGCUUGCUGGAGAAAGCCGAUCAAUCACAGAUGCUUUUUCUUCAGUUUCCUCCUAAUCUUCCCUUCGCCAAGCGGCCUGAUACUGUAAGUAGGAGAGAAACAGCUGAUCACUUAAAAUCUUCCACGAUUUCAGAGACCAAUCAGAACGUGACAGCUGGCAAUGUCCCUGGGGUUGCAGGGAAUUCUACUGGUAUGAAGGGAAAAGAGAUUAUGGGGAGCUCGACGUACCCCGGGAGUUCAUAUGGUUCAAGAAAAGGAUGUAGUUUGGAAGAGUUGCCAGAGGGAUAUAUGGGCAAAAUGUUGGUGUACAGAAGUGGCGCGGUUAAGUUGAAGAUGGGAGAUGUUCUAUAUGAUGUUUCUCCGGGUUCUGAUUGUACUUUUGCUCAAAAUGUUGUUGCUGUCAACACCGUUGAUCAACAUUGUUGUGAGCUGGGCGAAUUCAGCAAGCGUGCCGUUUUAACUCCAGACAUUGAUUCUCUUUUGGAUCAUGUGAUUGAUUUGGGGUAAGGUAAUUUGGCCGUAUCAAGUUUAUGCGAAGAUUUUAUGCAUUUUAUCAUAGUAGUGAUUCGAUCCUAUGUGUAAGAAGAUAUGUGACUCCCAUCCACUGAAGUGAAAACUCGAGUGGUAUAUAUAGUAGAAACCUCAAUAAGAGAUGUAUAUUGAAGCGAUGAGACUCCGGUCUACUGAACCCGAAAACUCGAGCAGUAUCAUGUAAGUAGUAGAACUGUAGAAGUAGUAUCAGAAUGAGGCAUAUUUUGAACUUGAAAACUCGAGCUGUACGUAGUAGAACAACUUGACUAAGUAUCAAUAUGAAACGUAUAUUGUGCGAAUC